AUGAAUCCCCUUCAAAACCCUAGUUUCUUCCUCGAUUAUCAUCAGUUUCAAGACUCGUCCUUCUCGUUCAUGGAUCUUUUCGAUGUCUCAAGUUACCCACUACCCGAUUUUGGCCUCGAAGCCGAGACCACGGCGUCGUUGUUGACAGAGGCAAGAACGGGAGCGGAGAGGAGAUCCACGGAAGCAACAUCCAUAGACAAUAAUAGCAUGCAAGUGGAGAAAAGAAAAAAGGAGAGAGGAGGUGGAUGCAACAAUAGGGUUGCAUUUAGAACAAAGUUGGUAUCGGAUAUCUUAGAUGAUGGCUUCAAAUGGAGAAAGUAUGGCAAAAAAUCUGUCAAGAACACCUCUCAUCCAAGGAAUUACUACAAAUGCUCGAGUGGAGGGUGUGGAGUGAAGAAGAGAGUAGAGAGAGACAGAGAUGAUUCAAGCUAUGUUAUAACAACAUACGAAGGAAUUCACAACCAUGCAAGCCCUUUUUCUGAUAUGGUGUAA